AUGGUGUCUAGCGUAACACGGCAAUGGAUUUCGAUACCCAGUGAAUUGAUUGGUUCAAUUCCACGUACAAGUGAAUUACUUGAAGCUCGUAUUCGAUAUGAAAGCGAUCUAAUAACCAUUGAAGAUUUACAUAAAAUAGAAAAAAAAGCAGUGGAGCAAACAGUCAUCGAAUUAGAUCAACUGACCGGAUCGAUGGUCUUGACUGACGGUGAACAAACGAAACCUUCAUUUCUGACCUAUCCAAUUUAUGAUCUCGUUUUUGAACGAUAUACAUUUGAUGAACAAUGUUUUCAAAUUAAAUUUACCGACGUGGCUAAACGGUUGACCAACAAACCAGUCAAACAAGCUGUUAUUACGGCAUCAGCACUGUCCAUGGUCUAUGCACCGCAUCUACUAAAUAGUGGUCAUAUUGACAAUUAUUCACACGAAGAAUUUCUCAAGGAUUUAACGGAUGAAUGUGAAAGAGAUAUUCGACUUUGUCUCGAAUAUGGAGCACAUGUUGUUCAACUUGAUUUUACAGAAGCUCGCCUGUCACUAAAAGUUGAUCCAAGUGGUCGAUUACUCAAAGAUUUUAUUGCAAUCAAUAAUCGAGUUUUAGAUAGAUUCAAUGCGAAUGAGCAGAAGAAAAUUGGCGUACAUCAUUCAUCUGAUAUUGAUUAUACUCUCAUGUUGCCCGAUCUAUUUCAAUUAAACUUAACCAAUUUUUAUCUUCAACUAUCCUCUGAAAAAAAUCGUAUCAAAGUAUUGAAAUGUAUUCAGAAGCAUAUGAAACCGAAUCAUCGUAUUUUCGUUGGUGUUAUCGAUCCCAUUAAUCCGACAAUCGAAUCAGCUGAAAUGAUCCGAGAUCAAAUAUUAGAAGCAGCACAAUUUAUUCCCGUUGAACAACUUGGCACGACUGAUGAUUGUGGCUUCAGCCCAUUUGCCGAUGAUAUAUCCACAUCAAAGGAACUGUGUUAUGAAAAAAUCAAAGCAAGAAUUCAAGGAACUAAGAUGGCUGAACAAAUCUUAAAUACACAAUGA